CUUAUUCAACGUGUUGUAACCGUCGCAUCUGCCGCCGUUGUCCGAAGUAUAAAUUCUACGUUCCAUAUUUACGUUACUGAUAGAUUACUUGGGGCACAGGUCGCGUCGAAGUGAAAAGUAGCGGGAGAACUGGUGUCAUUCGAAAAGCAGUCCUGAUUUCGUAAUCAUCGAGGCACGUUGUGACAAAACACUGGGAACUUGUGGAUUCUGUCUCGCAUCAUCGAUGAGUCAAUUCGUUACGGUACAAGUUGGACAAUGCGGGAACCAGAUAGGCUCAGCAUUUUGGCCGUUGGCCCUGUACGAAUACGGUGUGCAAACUGGAUGCACUGGCGUAAACCUUCCGAAAAUUCAACGUAACGAUGCUAAGAAAACGGACGAUCUGUUUGAUGCGUUUCAUAGUUUUUUCGUUUUACCUGACACUGCCCACGGUACGUCUUUCAAGAGUAUCGCUGACAUAAAAAAAGCUAAAGUCAAAGCCCGGGCGGUAUUAAUCGACAUGGAAGACACCGUAAUAGCAGGAUUGAAGAGGGGUCCUCUGCAUCAUUUGUAUGAACAGGCUUGCAUAGUAACGAACUACCCAGGAUCUGCAAAUAAUUGGGCUGUAGGCUACCAUGAUCAUGGUACAACGUAUCAUGACAAAUUGGAGGAUACCGUUAGACGUACUGUAGAGAAAUGUUCUAGGCUACACGGUUUCUUAGUUCUGCAUUCGGUAGGAGGUGGCACUGGUUCUGGAUUAGGAACAGCUACGUUAAAGUUGUUAGCCGAUAGCUAUCCUAGCGUAGACAGAUUAGUAUCUUGCGUCUAUCCGACGUUUAUGCAAGAUGUCGUUACGGCUCCGUAUAACACCUUGCUGGCGACGCGAGAGCUUCUAGAACAUGCAACGUGCGUGUUUCCUGCCGAUAAUACCUCGUUAAUGGACAUAUGCAUGUUACAAACUAAGAAAAAGGAGAACGUGGAUCAGAUCAAUUAUAACGCUUCGUGCCGUCCGUUUCAAGAUAUGAACAGUAUCGUUGUUAAUAUGCUUCUUCAUUUAACUAGUGGUUCUAGAUUUCCUGGUGCGCUAAACAUUGAUAUGAAUGAAAUAGCAACGAAUCUCGUAUCGUAUCCUAAAGUGCAUUAUAUAUACAGUAGCUUCAGUCCAAUGGCUUUACCCGCGUCUCUAAUGUACGCAAGAAAAGAAGCAAAGCUGCAAGACGAAUUAUUCAUGAGUGCGUGGUCAAGAAGUAAUCGACUAAUUAAAAUAGAUCCAAUGCAACCAAGUUCUAUGAUCCUAAGUAGCGCGCAUAUUGCAAGAGGAAAUUGUUCAAUGACCGAUCUAAAACGAAACAUCGAGAGAUUUCAAGGAAAAAUGAAGUUCACGACAUGGAGCAGGGAAGCUAUGAAAAUAGGUUUGUGCUCCGUGCCACCGGCCGGGCAUUCAGCCUCGGUUUUGUGUCUGUUAAACUGUUCGGCCAUGUCAUCGUUGUUCAAGAAUAUCGUGGAACAAUUUAACACGCUGUACAGAAGGAAGGCUCAUGUACAUCAUUACACACGAGUGCAAGGUUUCGAAGAAGCAGAUUUUCUCAACAGUAAGGAGUCGAUUACAAAUUUGAUUACACAGUACACCGAAUUAGAAAAUCAAAAGCAAUUCGAUGUGUCUAGGCUACAGGUAAUUUAAUUACGUUUUAGCGUGGCAAUAACGAAACGAUUAAGAUUACGAAUAUGUGUGUAUAUGCAUGUGUGUGUGUGCAACGCAAAGAUGUCUCUUAAUGAAAACAAUAAAUUGUCUACCGACAAUA